GCGCAGCCGGGCGGGGCCCCGGGCGAUGGCCGCGGAGCUGGCGAUGGGCGCCGAGCUGCCCAGCAGCCCGCUGGCCAUUGAGUACGUCAACGACUUCGACCUGAUGAAGUUCGAGGUGAAGAAGGAGCCGCCCGAGGCCGAGCGCUUCUGCCACCGCCUGCCGCCCGGAUCGCUUUCCUCGACGCCUCUCAGCACGCCCUGCUCCUCCGUGCCCUCCUCGCCCAGCUUCUGCGCGCCCAGCCCGGGCACCGGCGGCGGCGCGGGAGGCGGUGGCGGCGCGGCGCAGGCCGGGGGUCCCCCCGGGCCGCCGAGCGGGGGCCCCGGCGCCGUCGGGGGCGCCGCGGGGAAGCCGGCGCUGGAAGAUCUUUACUGGAUGAGCGGCUACCAGCACCACCUGAACCCCGAGGCGCUCAACCUGACGCCCGAGGACGCCGUGGAGGCACUCAUCGGCAGCGGCCACCACGGCGCGCACCACGGCGCGCACCACCCGGCGGCCGCUGCGGCCUACGAGGCCUUCCGGAGCCAGGGCUUCGCGGGCGGCGGCAGCAGCGGCUCGGACGACAUGGGUGCCGGCCACCACCACGGCGCGCACCACGCCGCGCACCACCACCACGCCGCGCACCACCACCACGCCGCGCACCACCACCACCACGGAGGCGCGGGCCACGGCGGCGGCGGCGCGGGCCACCACGUGCGGCUGGAGGAGCGCUUCUCCGACGACCAGCUGGUGUCCAUGUCUGUGCGCGAGCUGAACAGGCAGCUUCGCGGCUUCAGCAAGGAGGAGGUGAUCCGACUGAAGCAGAAGCGGCGCACGCUCAAGAACCGCGGCUACGCGCAGUCGUGCCGCUUCAAGCGGGUGCAGCAGCGGCACAUUCUGGAGAGCGAGAAGUGCCAGCUCCAGAGCCAGGUGGAGCAGCUGAAGCUGGAGGUGGGGCGCCUAGCCAAGGAGCGGGACCUGUACAAGGAGAAAUACGAGAAGCUGGCGGGCCGGGGUGGUCCAGGGGGCGCGGGCGCAGCCGGCUUUCCGCGGGAGUCCUCGCCGCCGCAGGCCGGCCCGGGCGGGGCCAAGGGCGCGCCAGACUUCUUCCUGUGAGCGCCCGCGCCCUUGCUGCGGCCGGGGACCGGCUUGGACACCCCGCC